CCGGCAGCGAAGGAAGUCGACGGUCGAGCGCGAACUGCCGACGAACAUCAACAAGCGAGAGGAAGGCGAAGGAACAGGAAGGGACGCUAAAGAAAAUGCCGCAAGACGCGACCAAAACCGAGAAGAAGGAGAACAAGAAGGACGAGGAGAAGAAGGAUGGGGAUCUUAAAGAGGAAUUGUCUGAGGAGGACAGACUGCUGCAGGAGGAGCUGAACAUGCUGGUGGAGCGGCUGCAGGAAACUAACGCGGAUCUGUACAAGCCAGCCCUGGAGCAGAUCCGUUCCCUCAUCCGCUCCUCCACCACAUCCAUGACCAGCGUCCCCAAACCUCUCAAGUUCAUGCGGCCGCAUUACCAGACCAUGAAGGACAUAUACAAUAACAUCAAAGACAAUGGCCUAAAGAAGUUUGCAGCUGACAUCGUCUCUGUCUUGGCCAUGACUAUGUCUGAGGAACGCGAAUGCCUGAAGUACCGCUUGCUCGGCCAGCGUGGAGACAUUGGAGAUUGGGGCCAUGAAUAUGUCAGGCACUUGGCUGGAGAAAUCGCACAGGAAUGGGAGACACUGGGUGAGGAUGAUGAUGCCAGGAGAGCCGAGCUGAUCAGUGAAGCCCAUGUCAUUGUCCCCUACCACAUGCAGCACAACGCAGAGGCAGAGGCAUGUGACCUGCUUAUGGAGAUGGAACAGCUGGAACUCCUUACUUCACAGGAUUACGUUGAUAAGGAUGCCUACUCUCGAGUGUGCUUGUACCUGACCAGCUGUGUACCUUACGUCCCAGACCCCGAGAACACCAACCUGAUCAACACGGCACUUCAGCUGUAUCGCAAAUUUGGGCAGUACCCGCAGGCCAUGAGACUGGCGCUCCAACUCCAUGACUUUGAUCUCAUUAAACAACUAUUUGAUGAAUGCCCGGACAAGCUGGUGAGGAUGCAAGUGGCCUUCAUGCUGGGCCGUCAGCAGGUGUUCCUGGAGCUGCCGGAGGACAUGGAUGACUAUGAAGACCUGACAGAGAUCCUCUCCAACUCCCACCUGAACACUCACUUCCUCUCUCUCGGGCGUGAGUUGGACAUCAUGGACCCCAAAACCCCAGAGGACAUUUACAAGUCUCACCUGGAGAACAACCGGCCCACCUUUGGCCCCGGCCAGGUUGACUCUGCCCGCCAGAAUCUCGCUUCCUCCUUCGUCAAUGGCUUUGUAAAUGCUGCCUUUGGAACGGACAAGCUACUCACAGAGGACGGAAAUAAGUGGCUGUACAAAAAUAAGGAACAUGGUAUGUUGAGUGCAACCGCUUCACUUGGUCUGAUCUUACUGUGGGACGUUGAUGGAGGCCUGACACAGAUUGACAAGUACCUUUACUCCUCUGAAGACUUCAUUAAGUCUGGCGCCCUUCUGGCCUGUGGCAUUGUCAACAGUGGUGUGAGGAAUGAGUGUGACCCUGCUCUUGCCUUGCUCUCAGACUACAUCGGACACAAAACUAUGGUCAUUCGUAUUGGAGCCAUCCUCGGCCUGGGGCUAGCCUACUCUGGAAGCAACAGAGAAGCUGUCCUCAACGUCCUCACUCCAGUUCUGUCGGAUGAGAAGAGCUCCCUCGAGGUAGUGGGCAUCACUGCUUUGGCGUGUGGAAUGAUUGCAGUGGGUACAACAAACCAGCUGGUUGUGGAGGCUCUAGUCACGACACUUUUGGCCAAAUCUGAGACUGAACUUAAGGACACAUAUGCCAGAUUCAUUUCCCUUGGCCUUGCUCUUGCAUACCUUGGUUGCCAAGACAAGUGUGAGGUGGUCCUCUCCUGCAUUGAAAACCUACCUGCGCCCUUCCGUCAGAUGACAGCCACCCUGAUUGAAGUCUGUGCUUAUGCUGGAACUGGUAAUGUCUUGAAGGUCCAGGAGAUGCUUCACAUCUGCACGGAUCAUUAUGACCAGGAGGAAACAAAAUCCAAGGAUAAAAAGGACAAGGAUAAGGACAAGAAGGAGGAUAAAGAUAAAGAUAAGAAAGAGGAGAAAGAUAAAGCAGAAGAAAAGGAGGUUGAUCUCUCAUCACAGCAGGCUGUUGCUGUCUUAGGCAUUGCGCUGAUUGCCAUGGGUGAGGAUAUUGGAGCAGAGAUGUCGUUCCGCCAGUUUGGCAACUUGUUGCGUUAUUGUGAGCCUGUUAUUAGAAGAGCCGUUCCUCUUGCGCUUGGCCUCAUCUCUGUUUCAAACCCCAGACUCAACAUCCUGGACACUCUUAGCAAGUUCUCCCAUGACUCAGACACUGAUGUGGCUCACAAUGCUAUCUUUGCUAUGGGUCUUGUAGGGGCAGGAACAAAUAAUGCCAGGUGAGCUGUGGAUACUAAAAUUG